AUGAGAACCCAGUUGUAUCUACUUAGCCUCCUGGCUCUGUUGGUAGUGGGGAUACAAGCAGCAAGCUCAACUGCGACGCAGUUCCCUUCUUGCACUUUGAAAUGCAAUGAGAGCUUGUUCUCAAGUUGUUCCCUCACCAAUAACAGCACAUGCUUCUGUGCCAGUGACUCGCGCCCUUCUGCUUUACUGAGCUGUGUCGAGAGUAAUUGCACAACCAAGGAAUUUUUUACUACAAAACGGCAGUAUGAAAAUGAAUGUGACAUUACGCCGCUCAAGGGCCCUCCAGUGUUCUUGCUUCGAUUUUUUUUCGUGGCGAGGAUAUUCGCCAAGAGCAGUGGACUUGCCGGCGGGUGGGGGUGGGAUGACUAUACAAUCAUUGUUUCAUAUUUCAUGGGUGUUGCGAUUUAUGCCAUCUAUGUCUAUAUAGUGAUACGGUAUGGCUUCGGUCGGAAUAUUUGGGACAUUGAUUUCCCCGAUAUCACCGAAUUUUACAAGCUUUUCCAAGCUCUUGCAGUGAUGUACAAAAUCCAGAUAUCUCUCGCCAAAAUCUCGGUUGUUCUCUUCCUUCUCCGCAUUUUCCAAAGUCCGUUGUUUCGCUAUAUCGCAUAUGGUCUCAUCGGCAUAAAUGCCGCGAUCGGUAUCACAUGGGCAUUGGUGGAUUCAUUUCGUUGUCUUCCUGUACACCUCACCUGGAAUGGUUGGACGAACGAAGAAUCAGGGCAGUGCAUCAACUUCAUUAAUUCUAUCCUGGUGAAUUGCCUCGUGAACAUUGUCGUGGAUACGAUCACUAUUGUUCUGCCAGUUUGGGAAGUGAGCAAGUUGCAAAUGCCGCUGCGAAAGAAGAUAACUGUCGCACUGAUGUUCGUUGUUGGCUCACUCCUCACUAUCAUCGCCAUUAUCCGAGUUAUUGUCUUCUGGAAUAACCGUUGGGGUCUCAACCAGACCCUCGGUCUUUACCCACUCAUCUACUGGUCCGUCAUCGAAUGCCAGAUUUCUGUACUGUGCGCCUGUCUGCCUGCAUCCAGAGCGCUUAUUGCUCGUUGGUUUCCCGCACUGCUGGGUGGCUCUACCCGAGAGACAUACGGGAGAACAUACGGAUCUGCGGCGCCAGGAGGUCGAAGCAACAGAGCGAACUACGGUCAAGAUAGUGCGAUAAAUAAAUCUGUCAGCUAUUCCGUCAAGUAUGCGGCGCGGUCACAUAAUGACGAUUCGAACAGCGACGUGGAGCUAGUUGACAGAGACACAAGGCGUGGCCAGUAUUAG